AUGAUCGGAUGGGGGUCGGGUCGGAGAGGGUUGUCGGACUCGGGGGAGGAUGAGAAAAAGAAGAGGCGUGGGGUUAAGGUUAAACAGAGAGAGAGAGAGAGAGACGUGUGCAGCGAGAGUUCGGGAGAAGGAGCAGCAGAUCGGGAGAUCGUGGGUGAGUUCGAGGAAGAUCGUGGGCAAAGAUGGGAGCAAUUAAAGAGGACAGCAGCAAGCUGUCGAAGAGGGAGAGGCUGGUCGCGUGGAAGGAGAAAAGAAGGAGAGGGCGGUCGCGAGAGGAAUCAAGCAGCCGGCUGUCGUUUGAGAGAAAAACCGAGGACGAGGGYUGUCGAUAGAAAAAGGGGCUGUCAUCAAGCAGCAGGAAGAAAUCGAGAGGAAGAAAUCGAGCAGCCGAGAGGAAGAAAUCGAGCAGCAGGGGGCUGUCAUCAAGCAGCCGAGAGGAAGAAAUCGAGCAGCAGGGGGCUGUCGAUUGGAAGCAGCAGAAGAGGGAAGGAAGCAGCAGAAGAGGGAAGGAAGCAGCAGCCGAGAAGAAGGGGAAUCAAAUUAAGAGGUUUUCAGACUUAA